AUGGAACAGUUCCCCAACCUGCAGAUCCUGGUUCCCGAACCUGCAAAUCUUGAUUAUGCACUGGCUUGGAAACAACAAGAUGCUCUCAUCCUUAGUUUACUCAUAUCUUCAUUAUCCACUAAAGUGUUGCCCCUGAUUAUUGGCAAAGACACCAGCAAGGCUCUCUGGGAUGCGCUUCACAUUGCCUAUGGCUCCACCUCAAGCACUCAUAUUAUGUCUCUUAAUUUAGCUCUCUAUGAUCUUACUCAAAACCCCGAUGAAUCCAUGGUUCUCUUUCUCCAACGAGCACGCUCCAUCGCUGAUGAACUUCAAGCUAUUGGCAAAACCAUCACACCAGAGGAUUUUAAUAUCCAUAUAUACCAUGGUCUUCUCCCUGAUUUGAAGGCCAUAGUCCCAUCUCUGCUUACCCAAAAGCCAGCCCCAUCCUUCAAUGAUCGGCUGGCACUCCUCCAAAGUCAUGAAGUCCUCACUUCAUUCACCAAACUUGCUGUCUCUGAAGUACCUACUACAACAACAGCUCUGUCUACACACUCUGUUAACCAUGGACCUGCCUCUGAUCACAACCCCUCUAAUUCUCAUAAAGGAUAUCCCUACGGUCGUGGCGGUCGUGGUUGUGGCCGUGGUGGCCAUUCUCAAACCAACACACAAUGGUGCAACAUUUGUCAUCGUCUAUAUCAUUCCGCUCAAAACUGCCACUAA